AUGCCCUCACCAGGGCAAGCAUUGGGUGUUGCAGCAGCAACAACACCACCAACAACAACAACAUCAGAUGUUGCUGCUGCUUCAAAUGCUGCUGCUGAUGUUGCUGAUGUUGCUGAUGUUGCUGAUGUUGCCGCAGUACCCAAUCCAAGGCAUGCACUGCAAAAGGUGCGCCUGAUCAUCAAGGAUUCCAGUGCUAUUGCACCAGACCUGCCUCCGUCGAUGCCCACUCCCCCAAUGCACAUUCCUGCUCCAAACCUUCUGAUUAUUACACAGAUGCACCCGACACCCACUUUACUUUCCAUUCUUGCUGCUCACACAGCAUCAACUACGCACGCACUCAUUCACUCACAGCCACUUGAUCUCCCUCAUUCUUACCAUGGGACAUUGACACAUGACCAUGCACCCACACCAAAAUCAGCAUCCUUGGGGCUAUCAAUGAUCAAACUUCGAGCUCUGACCAUCUGCGAGGACGUGGAGUCAUUUUCGGAUGAGCGGGUCCUCAUCUAA